AUAACGUGGAGAAGGCAGAAAAGCAGCAGCAGCAGCAGGAAAGGAACAGACGUCUGGAAAAUAUUACCCGUUUGCUGCUGCUGCUGCUGAGAACUAAAGCAGCUACGCGGUCCGCGAGGCAUCACCAAAGAGCCUUUAUCUGAUGCUGCACAUCCCAAACUUUCAGCCGCUGCCGUGCAAAUCCUCCAGGCUCCUGCCCAGCCGGGUUUGAAACAAGGUCUUCGACCACGAGAAACUAACUCCUAAUUUAUUACUUCUAACUUUUUUUUUUUAAUUAUUAUUAUUAUUUCAAAAACAAAAUAAUCCCACGAUUUUGAGCUAGAAACUGAAGACAAAUACAUUGUAAUAGGGAAAACACGUGGGAGAAAAUGAGUAGGACUGAAUAGCCUUAAGCUAUUUUUUUUAUUAUUUUCGUUUUUUUAAUUAUUUUUUUAUUCCUGAGUUUCUGAAUAAGUCCCUGAAAAAGUGCGAUUUGAUCUUUUACCUCAAACUUGGAAACUGUUCAGCGGGAGCAACGGUACGUGAGACCACACAGCUGGCUGGAGCCCCUCUAUGACCAAAGGACAGCCGGACAAACAAGAUGUAUUGUGAGAGGUUUAUAUGUAUCCUGAGAAUACUUGGAACCACACUCUUUGGAGUGUCCCUCCUGCUGGGAAUCACCGCUGCUUACAUUGUGGGCUACCAGUUUAUCCAAACAGACAAUUACUACUUCUCCUUUGGACUCUAUGGUGCUAUCCUGGCAUCACAUCUCAUCAUCCAAAGCCUGUUUGCCUACCUAGAGCACAGGAAAAUGAAGCGGUCGCUAGAGACUCCAAUCAAGCUGAACAAAACUGUUGCCCUUUGUAUUGCUGCCUAUCAAGAGGAUCCUGACUACUUAAGAAAAUGUUUACUUUCUGUGAAAAGAUUGACCUACCCUGGAAUUAAAGUUGUUAUGGUCAUUGAUGGGAACUCGGAAGACGACAUUUACAUGAUGGACAUUUUUACUGAAAUCAUGGGUAGGGACAAAUCUGCCACUUAUAUCUGGAGUAACAACUUCCAUGACAGAGGUCCAGGUGAGACGGAGGAGUCUCACAGAGAGAGCAUGCAGCACGUAUCUCAGCUGGUCCUGUCCAACAAAAGUGUUUGCAUCAUGCAGAAAUGGGGUGGAAAAAGAGAAGUAAUGUACACAGCAUUCAAAGCACUGGGGAGAAGCGUGGAUUAUGUACAGGUCUGUGAUUCAGACACAAUGCUCGAUCCAGCUUCAUCGGUGGAGAUGGUAAAGGUCCUAGAAGAAGAUCCAAUGGUUGGAGGAGUUGGAGGCGAUGUGCAGAUUUUGAACAAGUAUGAUUCCUGGAUCUCCUUUCUGAGCAGCGUGAGAUACUGGAUGGCAUUUAACAUAGAAAGAGCCUGCCAGUCCUAUUUUGGCUGCGUACAGUGCAUCAGUGGACCUCUGGGAAUGUACAGAAACUCUUUACUCCAUGAAUUUGUGGAAGAUUGGUACAAUCAAGAAUUUAUGGGCUCCCAGUGCAGCUUUGGAGAUGACAGGCAUCUAACUAACCGAGUACUAAGUCUGGGCUAUGCAACAAAAUACACAGCUAGAUCCAAGUGCCUUACUGAAACACCAAUAGAGUAUCUCAGGUGGCUGAAUCAGCAGACCCGCUGGAGUAAAUCAUAUUUUAGAGAGUGGCUUUAUAAUGCAAUGUGGUUCCACAAGCACCAUUUGUGGAUGACCUAUGAAGCUGUAAUCACUGGAUUCUUUCCUUUCUUCCUUAUCGCUACAGUCAUUCAGCUCUUCUACAGGGGAAAAAUCUGGAACAUCCUCCUUUUCUUGUUGACAGUUCAGUUAGUGGGCCUGAUAAAGUCUUCCUUUGCCAGCUUCCUUAGGGGCAACAUUGUCAUGGUUUUCAUGUCACUCUACUCAGUGUUGUAUAUGUCAAGUUUACUGCCAGCAAAGAUGUUUGCAAUUGCCACAAUAAACAAAGCAGGGUGGGGCACAUCAGGAAGAAAAACCAUUGUAGUUAAUUUUAUAGGACUCAUUCCAGUCUCCAUUUGGUUUACAAUCCUCCUAGGUGGCGUAAUUUUCACUAUCUACAAGGAAUCAAAAAAGCCAUUCUCUGAGUCAAAAACAACAGUUCUCGUCAUUGGUACAAUCCUCUAUGCAUGUUACUGGGUUCUUCUAUUGACUUUGUACUUGGUUCUUAUCACCAAAUGUGGCAGGCGGAAGAAAGAGCAACACUAUGACAUGGUGCUAGACGUAUGAUGUUUCUGUGGGAAGUUACCCAGAGAGUUCUAAAGCAACCCAAGAACCUUGUAGUAUCUGUGGCAUGGGACGAAUGUUGCCAAGGGAAAUGGAUCACUGCUGCUGGGAAUAGGACAUUUAUAUUCCUCUGGGUUCAUUUUCAUCCUGCCAAAGUAAGAAAAUCAAAAACAAUAGAAAAUGAUUUUUUUUUUUUUUCCAAGGGGGAAGAAUCAAACCACACCAUUUCAACCUGUUCGCAUGAAAAUGGGAGAACUUCUUUGUUUAUGCACUUUUUGAUCGUGCAUACGCCUGACAGUGUUACGUUCUAUAUACCUCACUGGUCAUGCUUAUGUGUGGACAGGAAGAAAAGGAGUUUGGAGAAUCAAGAAAAGGAUCUUACAGCCCCUUGCAACCUAAUUUAUGAACUUCUCUUUUUUAUAGUUCUUUUUAUAGGAAGGGUCUUUUGUGUUAGGCUGCCAAAUGUAAUGCCAAAGGUAAAUUUUAAGAGGCCAUUGGCUGAGCUGUAUUUUUAUAUUAUUGUAUUAUUUGUGUGUGUGUAUUUUUAAGCCAACUUUUUUUUUUUUUUUUUUUUUUUUUUAAAUCACAUAUUUUAUAUUUUACUAUCUGCCAAAAAAGUUGCCUCCCCAACAUUUUGUUCUUUAGCCUCCUUAAAUAUAUUUGGGAAACAAAAAAAUCAAUUUCCCCCCCCAGAAUUAUGCUGAUUUAAUAUUGUUCACAAUAGAAAGCAUAAAAAAAUUCCUCUGCGUUUUUGCAACAGACGAAUGGUUAUUUCUGUGAAAAAGCAUUUAAAUGUACUCUUUGAAGGCAUUUAUUAGGAAAGGCCCAACAUUGCCAGUUUCUGAAUACAAGCUUAUUUGUCCAUAAAAAAAGGCCAAAGGGGUAGAUAUGUGCAAUCUGGGGCUUUGUUUUGUUUUGGAUAACAUUCUAAUAGGGAAAUCUACUUUGUUGAGAGCAUAAUAUCUCUGGCAUGCACAAUAGCCAUUUGAUAAGCCAGGUCUUGAUACCAUUGGAAAAGGCAUUGCUAUAGGAGAGCUCCCACUGAUUUUACAUAUGAUCUGAAGAACCACACGCUUCUGAUCUGAAGAAAUAUCAGACACCCCAAACUACUAUUGACUCCACUGAUGGCUGCAAUCUUCUAGUUCUGAUUUUUUAGUUAAAAGAUACAUGAAAGGAAAACAUAUCAACACUUUCAAAAUGUGGGUGCCUUACGACAAAACAUCUGCAGUGCCCUUCACAGAGUUUACAAAUGAUAUAAACAUCACCUUCUGUGACAUCCAGUGUAAUGCAGACCCCUGUACUAAGCCCAAUAUUUCGUGCCUGACAAAAGCAUAUCUACCAGAAAAGAAGCCAACUUGUAUCUGAAAACAUCAGGUCUUAGCAAAUUCAUCAUUUCCUUGGUGCUUAAUAGUCCAUUUUGGACAUUUAUUUUGGACCACGGUUUUGUGAAAUAACACUCAGGACUAAAUUCUGCAGUCCUUCACCAGCCAAAGGAAUGUGGCAUUGAGCCCUAAUACACUUUAUAAAGAGCAACAGAAUGCCAACUGCAUACAGAUAUAUGCCCUUUUUAGAUUCUGGUAUUUAAAGCACUGUGGUAAAGCAGAAAUCAGCAUAUGAUGCUUAAAGAACUUAGAAGCAUUUUCAGCUUCUUUUUUUAUGCAGACAUGAGUAGAUUCUGCUGUAGAAUGAACUGCACACACACUACCUUAUUUGUUUGAUUAUCUUGAGGUACAUGAUUGCUUGAAAGUCAUACUAAUUUUAUGUUAAUGAUUGGAGAGUUGAUUCGUGUUGAUUAAAAAUAGAACAGUAUUAAAAAAUGCAAAAGAAACAGAAAAAAAAUUGACUAUGCCUUUUAACUAUUUAUGAUGUAAGUUAAA